GGACUGGCUCUGUAAUUCUUAAACCAAUGGCUGUUAUUGGGCCCAAGGUUAUAAAUGUAGGUCUAGUUACAAGUUUAUGUGUGGGCUCUAACUCAAAGCCGAGUAGAGAUCACUUCUCUGUUUGGUUCGUUCCUCGAAGCUACUUCACUUGCCUCAAGUCUUAUCCCAUACACUGGAACAGCAAUACAUUCGGGUUAGGUCCACUCAAUCUGCACAACAAAGGUUUGUUCUGAGUUUUACUCUUACAAGCUGUGGUCAACUUGUAGUUUUAGGUAAGAGUAAGACCCAUUUCUUAAGUCUUGGUUCUGUUUGAUGUUAGUGGUACUAUUUGGAUUUUGGAAGCAGGGUCUUGUUGAGUCAAACGCGAAGACUGUAACUAAACUGUAGAUGUUGAUAGCGUAUAAUUGGAUGAGAACACGUUGAAGCAAGAUCUCGAGGCUGCGAUACAUGAAGAAAACUACGUGGAGGCAGCUAAGAUCCGGGACAUACUAAAAGAGCUUCAAGAAGACAAUAAAGCCUCUGUUUUGUCUGCCAACACUCGGUUCUACCAAGCUUUCACCUUUCAGAAACGGGGAUUUAGCUGAGAUGGAAUCUUUAUGGUCCAAAUCUGGAAAGCCCUGUUGUGUCCAUCCAGGAGCUAAAGGCAUAACCGGGUAUGAUGACGUGAUGGAAAGCUGGGAAGUUGUGUGGAUGAACUACGAGUUCCCGUUACGGAUUGAGCUGAAAGAUGUUGAGGCUGAUGUACGAGGGGAAGUAGGUUAUGUAACGAGUAUGGAGUUUGUGAAGACUAAAGGGAGUAGUAGCUGGGGAGCUCAGUUUGUGUCGAAUGUGUUUGAACGGAUAGAUGGGCAGUGGUUUAUAUGCAUUCACCAUGCUUCUCCUGUUGAUAUUUGAUCUAAGAACCCGACGAAAUGGUACGCAAGUUCUGACGUUUGAUGUUCUUGUGUUUGUAAUAUAUAUGUAUGAAUUCUAUAGUGUUUUGUAGGCGCAACAAUGUUUUUAUAACAA